UCUCCUCUUUUCCCACUAACCCUACUCUAUAUAUAAAUAACUAAGUUGAUAUCCAUUUUUCUAUCAAAUAUAAUUUGAUCAUGGCUUCCCACGCUUUCUCCAUUCUCAUUCUUUUACUUUCAGCCAUUGCUGUUUCAGAUGCAGCUGGUUCGGUCGGAAUUAACUAUGGUCGAGUGGCGAACAACUUGCCAUCACAGGACAAAGUCGUGCGACUGUUAAAGUCUCAGGGUGUAACGAAAGUGAAGAUUUUCGACACCGACCCGGCGGUCCUAUCGGCGUUGAAAAACUCGGGGAUCAGCGUAGUUGUCUGUCUUCCCAACGAGCAACUCGCCUCGGCUGCAGGCGAUCAGUCGUUUGCGGACAAUUGGGUUCAAACCAGCAUCUCAAAGUACUAUCCCGCGACAAAGAUCGAAGCCAUAGCUAUCGGAAACGAAAUUAUCUCCGCCAACGUCACCGACGAGACAAAAUUCCUCGUACCCGCCAUGAAAGCCAUCCAGACCUCACUUGUUAAAUUCAAGUUGGAUUCAAACAUCAAAGUCUCGUCCCCUAUAGCUAUGACUUGCUUGGGGAACUCUUACCCUUCAUCGGCCGGUUCAUUCAAACAGGAACUUGUGGAUGUUGCGAUUAAACCCAUGUUGGAUUUCUUGAAACAGACCGGGUCGUACCUUAUGGUUAAUAUUUACCCUUUUUUCGCAUACGAAGGUAACUCGAACCAAAUCUCACUCGAUUACGCUUUGUUUAAACAAAAUCCCGGUGUGGUUGAUUCCGGUAACGGGGUUAAAUACAAUAGCCUCUUCGAUGCUCAACUCGACGCCGUUUUCGCCUCCUUGUCGGCUCUUAAAUUUGAUGACAUGAAGGUGGUGGUGACGGAGACAGGGUGGCCUUCGGCCGGGGACGUGGCUGAAACCGGUGCAAGCCAAGCUAAUGCGGCGACGUAUAAUGGUAACUUAGUACGAAGAGUAAUGACCGGAAAUGGUACCCCUUUGAGACCCAAGGAUCCACUAAACGUUUACAUAUUUGCUUUGUUUAAUGAGAAUCAAAAGCCGGGUCCCACAUCCGAAAGAAACUAUGGGUUAUUUUACCCUAAUAUGCAAAGGGUAUAUAAUAUACCAUUAUCAAAACAAGGGUUAGACGGUAAUUUCAUUCCACCGAUGAACAGCGGAAAAAGUGGAAGCCGACCACCGUCAACGAUUAACGGUAGUCGAUCCAGCGGCGGAAUGACAAAGAUAUUAGGUCAGACAUGGUGCUUGUCCAACCAUAAUACCGACCGGCAGAAGCUGCAGGAGGCGUUGGAUUAUGCUUGUGGCGAGGGAGGAGCCGAUUGCGGCCCAAUUCAAUCAAACGGUGCAUGUUUUAAUCCUGAUUCUCUCGAGGCACAUGCAUCGUACGCCUUCAAUAGUUACUAUCAAAAGAAGGCACGUGUGAGUGGCUCGUGCUAUUUUGACGGCGCGGCUUAUGUGUCCAUGCAACCUCCAUUAUUUGGGAACUGUCAAUAUCCCACAGGGUAUUGAAGUGG